AGAUCUUCCAUCUCGACUCGACCUCGGACUCUAAUCGUGACCGUCACGGCGUCUUCAGCGGAGUGGCAGGUCCGAACGGGAAUCAGGCCUUCUCGGAAAUUCACUAUCCUUCACACACCCGGUUGACCGACUGGACAGUGGUUAUAGGUGUGCUGGUUAGUCGCAUUCAGUGCGGCUUGUGAGAACAGCCAUGUUUCUGUCCAUCGACCGAAGUCUGCUCCCCAUAAAGGCACACUACUUUCUCUACGUUGCAGCUCAAGCCUGCGUUCUUCCAUACCUGGCAGCGGUCGGACGAAGCAAUGGCAUACCCGAGUCGAACAUCGCCUACGUAUUCACCUUCAUUCCCUUCGGCGCCAUCUUCGUCAAGGUCGUGUGCGGCUACAUCGCGGACAAGACUCAGAACGUUACUGCCAUACUUCUCGUUCUCGUAUUGUCUCUGUUUGUGUCCGACGGCAUGGUGUUCUUCAGCAAAAGCGUGCAGGAACCAGCGGCUCCACCGCUAGUACGUCUCAGCUGCCCGCUUACUAAAGUGACCCUCGACAACCCGUUCGUCAACUGCACAGAACUGUUGCCCCCUUGCAACGUCGACUCGUGCACCCAUAACGCAUCCACGGAGGCUGACGUUGUCCUUUACGGCAAUGUCUCGGUGGUGAGCCCGGCCUCUGUGUGUUCCUUGCUCCAGCCGAAUGUCACGACUGUACAUCGUGCCUUGCCUUUCGAAGUGUGCCGCUUGAACUGCUCGUGUUUCGAGGGCGGCUACAACGCCGUCAACUACGCCAUCUACGCCAUAUUCGUCGCUAUCUCGUUCAUGACCGGUGCUACUGUGUUCGUGCUCUCGGACGCUGCCGUCUGCGAAAAGCUCGGCGACAGGGCGAACUGCUUCGGCAAGCAGAGGAUGUGGGGAACCAUCAGCUGGGGCAUCCUAAGCCCCAUAGCGGGCGUCGCUAUAGACGCUGCAAACACUGCCACGAACGGCCGCUCGAAGUACACCCCCGGUUUCUACAUCUUCGCCACGCUUAUUAUAAUGGACAUGAUCGUUCUGCACUGGACGCCGCGCCUGAGAAUGGGCACCCGGUCGUCGAGUUUCUUCAAGGACCUCAAGACUGUUUUCGGUGGCUGCGAGUUCAUAGUCUUCACCGUAUGGACCUGUCUCACGGGAGUGUUUUUUGGCGUGCAAGCCACGUACAACACCUGGUUCCUGGAGGACAUCGGUGCACCCAAGCUGGUGAUCGGCCUUGGCUUCGCCAUCAUGACGCUACUGGCCGAACUACCUCUCCUCUUUGUGGCCGACAAGAUUCUCGCUCGUAUCGGCUACUUCUCGUCGUACUGCUUGUCGUUCGCCUCGUCCGCCAUAAAGCUUAUUGCGUAUUCAUUCCUGACCAACCCAUGGCACGCACUCUUCAUCGACGUCAUCGGUGGUGCUGCAUUCCCAUUGGCGUUCGCAUCCAUGACUGUCUUCGCCAGGGAGAACGCUCUCCAGGGCGUAUCAGCUUCGGUGCUGUGCGCGCUCAACGCCUGCUUCGAAGGAGUCGGUGUUGUCACUGGGAACCUCAUCGGUGGAAUAUGUUUCGAAAAAUUCGGCGGCAAGCUGACCUACCAGUAUCUCAGCGUCGCGGCGAGCCUUUGCGUGGUCGGCUGUGCGCUCUCAGGGUUUGUCGUGCGGAAGCUGCGACCGAGAGACUCGCUGUCGAAGCCACCCUUCUACGAAUCAACCGGUGCCUAAUUUCUCCAUUCCUCAAUGCGAUAAACGUGUUGAUAAACGCAUCCCUGACCUGGCGU